AUGGUAGAGAUCCUCGGCCCUCUCCCUGCUCGCCCACCAACACCUCCUAGGCCGGGUUCUCGAAUCGAUCAGAACGACCCCCAAUCCCCGCAUCCUCUCCAGACCCCGGGAGCUUCGUCGCAAACGGCGGAUGCUUCCAGGGCGCCUCCGUCAAGCCACGGUUCCAAACGUGUGAACUUCUCGCCAUGGCUGUACACCGUCAUCGGGUCACCCAAAUCCCAAUCGGUCAGCAGACCUAACGACGCAAACCCCAUUACGAACGCAGCAUUCGACAGCACCCAAGGCAGCGAAGGCAGACCUUUCAAGUCGAUUCUCAAGGAGACAAGCUCUCCGAUCCCCGUGUGGUCCCCAAAUGUUAACAAGUACACAACCGAAUCAUUCGACAUGCUGCUCCAGUCGGUAGUUCAGCAAUUGGCAGGAGAGUCCGUCUCUUCUCGCCUUGAUGCAUAUAUCAACUUCUUUGGAGCAUUACGGACAUAUGAUGGAUUGCUGCGCGGGAACGAAAUCGGGGAGAAGCUAGGCUUGAUCACGGAUUUCAUCCAACGCGACGUGACUCGCGACUUGGUCAACGGGACACCUAUGGAUACAAGUCUGGCUAAUCAAGCCUUGAAACUAUCCGCUGCUUUUAUAUGGCAAACAGACAUAUCAUCGCACCUCUCGGAGGAUUUCAAAAUCUUUCUGGUGGAGCACGCGAUCACCUCUCUCCAGGAGACCAAAGGUGCAAAGUCCGUCCUAACCCACUACCUGUCGAUUCUCUCCACGCAGAAUUUCACUUCGAAGAUCAUGACGACCUCUCGAGUCAUCCGUCUUCUUACAGCGUUGCAAGAACUCACCAAACACGUCAAUGGCAAAGCCAUUUCCUUCCAUCGAUUGUGCAUCUAUUCGCGACUCUUGUCCCAAUCCAAGUCAACUUUCCUCUCACAACCAUCACUAUGGAUGGAGCACCUCGUCUUCGGCUUGCUUCAUUCUCACAAAGAGACACGGGCCAAAGCCAUUUCUCUUGGUUUCCAAAUUUCCCUCGCCGCGGGCCCAACACUUGCGUUAUCGAACAACAUCCGGAUGCUUUUUGAACGACCAUUGGAGGGCGAUCGAAAAUUAGUAACGGAGAUUCGAGAGCGAAUGUCACGAAUGAUGGCAUCCAGUGACACGGGCAUACACGUCCCGCAGAUUUGGACCAUCGUGAUUCUUUUGUUGCGAAGCAAAAAGUGGAAUCUCGACCAAUGGGAGCAUUUCAAAGAAUGGCUUCUUGUCCUCCAGAAGUGUUUCAAUUGCAGCGAGCCGGCUAUAAAAGCUCAAGCUAUUUUGGGCUGGAUCUGGUUUAUCUAUGCCGUGAGCCCCAACGAAUCCACCGACCGAUUGCUUCUCAAGAUGCUAGGCAAACCAGUGUUCUCGCAAUUCGAGCGAAAGAAGUCCGACAAAUCUGGGUCACCACCCUCUCAACUUGCAUUGAGCAGCUAUAACUACUUGCUCUAUUACGCUUUCCGUCCAUCUCUCCCUUAUCACCAUGUCGAUAUGAUUUGGGAGGAAUACGUCGCAGCUCCGUCCUCUACUAUUUUCUCCGCUUUCCCCGCCCUGGCCGAUAGCGCGUCACUUGUGUUGGCGCACUUGCUAUGGUGCCCACAGGCAAAAGUAUGGACUGAGACCCGGAUCGCCGACUCUCGCAUUACCGACUCUCGGAUCACCGAGAUUUCCAAAAUGGAGGUCGAAGAACUGCCAUCGGUUGAACCUCGCUGGGUUCGUUCGAAAAUACCAUCAGUUCUGGGAGUUUUCGAGUCUCUUUUCAAGUCUUCGGUCUGGAACCAACAGGAACUCGAGAAGUCAAAUAUCGCCCUCGCCUGGAACGGUCUAGCUAGCGCACUUUCUCUUGCCUCCAGCAAAGAAAUCACACCAUCUGGGGAGUCUAUGCAAGCUGUUGCCAGUGUUCUUGGUUUGUUACAUCGUCUCUGGGCCACAGGGCCGUCUUCCUUGAACGCCACCGGAGGGCACGGCGAGGAAGCUUUCUUUGAAAGGUUCCAGUUCUUGUCUACGACCAUGAUUCUCUCCCUUGGAGGCAUUCCCUUUACCGAAAAGCUCAUGCUGAAAAUUGGGGAUGGGUCAUUCCAGACCUCUAGUACUCCAACACAUCGCCCUUCCGCCUCGGGUACCAAUUUGGAUAGCCCUAUUCUACAUCUUUUGCGCACCAUCAGCAGAAUUACCGUGAUAUCGUCGCCAACCCCAUCAUACAUUCGCCUUAUCGACGGAUUAAUCACAGCAUCGUGUAAUGGAAGGAUAUCGCGUGGAUCUCGUCUCGAACUUCUCCACCAGUGUGCUGAAUUGAGCGUCGUGGAAUUGAAGUUCACUUCCAAUUCGCCGCAACUGUUGGAAGUAAUUUGGAAAGGGACGGCACUCGCAGCAGCAGAUGCAUUGCAAUCGUUCCCCAUUGAGUCUGCACGAGAGCGCGACGGCUCUGUUUCUCGGGAUUACGAGAUAAUCACCAAGAUCCUUGUGGCUGGUAUUUCUUUCCCGUGUGCAUCUCAAGAAUGGUCGCGACUUCUCGACGCGUAUGUGCGUGUGGCAAGAACGGAGAAAGGAGAUCACGUCCUUUACGGUCUCAUUGUAGAGCCCAUUGCUGAAAGUCUGUCUUCAAUCUCGGUCAAUGACACGUAUCUCCCCACAAACGCACUGCUCGGUCAUUGUCUUUCUAUCCCAUUUGCGCGGGAGACCGGGUUGGGAAUUGACGACCCCAUCUCUCAUGCAGUUACGUCGUCAGCCUUCCCCCACAAACUUCUGGAGACUGUCGGACGAAGCUUGGAUUUAGGCUACCACAGCUUUGACUCCUCUCACACACUUCAUCUUUCUGCCUUUAUCGAAUCUUUGACUUCUUUCCUGGGCUCUGGCACGCCGUCUUUUCGCGCUCAGGCACUCGAGACUCUCCAGGGAUCACUGGGACUGUGGAUCCAAGACAGCGAGCUCAAGGUUGAUGUCACAUCCGGGGUGGACAGUCGUGCUUUGACUGCAUGCCGCGCUCUUUCAUCUGCUGUUCUCAACAUCUUGCAAACCGCUGUUGUCGACGAGCUGUCGACAUUGCAAAAUUUUGCGACAAUCAUCUGCGCUGGCUUGAAAUCGCCUCAUAUCUCAAGAACCAAGCGAUUCGUCGAUUUCUGGAGGUCUACAAAGACAUCGUUGGAUACUCUGAUCUCCUCCACUCCAAUGGGCCAAGAAUUGUCAACUGCGGCCUCCAGGCUCUCUGCCCCGGUCCAGCCGGCGCAAGCUGUAGUUCAGGAGUCCAAAUUGGCACCAUCGAGUUCGGCCAAACCAGCAAACCAGCGACUGAUCAAGCCAAUUCCCACAAAGUCCAUCGAAAAUGGCAGCACCAACUUCCAUUCAUCGCCCGUCAUAGGGACAAAUGAACCAGCUCUGCCUGACCCUGUAGAGCUCGGCGAACCUCAACUUCCUACGAACCCUGGCACAGCAGCACCCGAGGCUCCGGCUACCUUCCAAAAGAGUCGACGUGAGAUGUUCCGAAUGAUAGAAUCUAUUAGGUCCUCCUCGCCGGCGAAUACUCCUGGCAAGCUAGGCUUCGACACGCCCAGUCACCUGCGCAGACUGCAUGCUCAGACUGGUAUCCCCUUGACGCCUACCUUGGUGCCAGCUGAAAACGAAGACGGGUUUAUUGGGUCUUCUCCCACACCCGCGACUAGAGAUCUGACUCCUGCCAUGAAUUUGGAUGCUGCUGGAGGGCCAUUCCAAGAUAUCACAAUGGAGGAUGCGACAGACCUGCCUUCUUCCCCUCCCGAACUCACUUCUCGGAGCCCCAGUCCCAAGAAAAUGUCCAGCUCUUCUCGCCGGGCUAGACGGAGGAAGCUUCUCCAGUCGAGAGUUGCUGAAGAAGCCAGGAAAAAGGCAUCCACGCCCCAGGUGGACGAACGCCCGCCCAGUCGUCGCACUCGAUCAGCGCUGACUCAGAGUACUGCGAAUAAUCAGAAUGCCGAUGCCGUUCCUGUACCACCAACAUCUACGUCUGAUACUAUUGAGAAGCCAUCAGAGAAGUUGUCAGCUCCGCAGAGUGCAAAGUCAAAAUCGUCGUCCAAGAAACGAAAGAGAAAGGGAGGAUCAAAAGCAUCAGAUGGAGCCAACCAACAGGCUGCUCAAAUGCCUUCCACUCCCGUCCCUCCGGAGUACUUUGUUGACUCUUCGAGUGAGGACCUGGAAUCUCAAAUCGCCUCUCAGCUCGAGCAGGAUCUGGAACUAGCUGUUGACAUGGUUGACAAGGGUCAAUCAGGAUCCGCUCCCGUUGUUGAGGACCCCGAGCCAGCUACCAAGAAGAGAAAGCGUGAAGAAGACAAUGUUCAGUCUAAUUCUCGGGAUAGACGGCGAUCAACCCGUCUCUCAACCACAAAGGACGUAGGCAUAACCGAAGUUGAAGAGACACAAGCUGUCCAGUCUCAGGAUACAACAGCUUCUCAACCUUCCAAGGAUGUCUCUUCCUCCAGCCUGUCGCCUACGGUCACUCGACGAUCGACUCGCAGCUCGCAAAAGAAGGAGGACGAGCUUGUCAUGGCUGAAUCGCUCCCCGAAACUCAGAUUCCGGAAACCAUCCAAGAAGAGCCAGUUAAGGAUGCAGAGCCUUCUCAGCGACCAAACAAGAGAUCGCGCAAAUCUUUACGCCUCGAAGAUCAGCCUCCUCCACCUCCUCCUGUGGAGGAACAGAGCUCGACACAGACCAAAUCUUCCCGUAGCUCCCGCUCUCGCAAGUCGCGUUCAUCCCGCAACGAAACGCAGUCUCAGCCUCUUCCUUCGCAGGAAGAACAACUUCCCGUGGAGGCAUCCAUGGGAUACGAUUUGCUUCCUGCUUCAAAUGAUAACGGCGAUGCUGGCUCGGACGCUGUUGCUCCCCAGAAAUCGGUGGAGUCGAAGAUCCCCACUGCCUCCACAGAGGCAAACGAUUCUCAAAUGACUGAUGUGGACCACUCCAUCACACCGGUGCCUCAAGACACCAAUAUCCAACAAAACAUGGAUGUGGAUAUGGUUCCAGAACAGUCGUCGACAAGCGUGGCGGGUCCAGUCUUGGACGUUGCCACCGCUGAAAUUCAGACGGAACCAGUCCCUGCCACUGUCGAACCUGACAUCAGCGAGGCAGGUAUCUCUCGAUCUCUGAGAAAACUCCUAGCCGAUAUGAAGUCCGCAAAAUUGGGGCCCAAUGCCCUCCGUGAGGUUGACGACCUCCUUUUCAAUAUCCGUGUCGAAGCGCAUGACGCUUCUCGACGACACAACAAUCCAGCAUAG